AUGGAGGACUUCCUGUGGGACGCGUUGGGACAAGAUGGCCAGUUUUACAUUGAGGGCCUGGACUCCCUGAUGUUUUCUAGGCCCUUUUUCCCGUUCUUGUUCUUCCUCAGACACAUACAAUCCAGUCAUAAUUAUAUCACUGUGGGACAUAAAGAGAUCUUUCAAGCCUUCUUGGAUGGCAUUCCUGAUGAGAAGCUCCAGAACUUCGGCUCGGGCGAGUAUACUAUCGCGACAGACUAUACUAAUGGGUACAGACUGGACCACCAGGGCUUGAACACCAACCCCGCCGAGCACCCAUGGAUUCACCGACUCUACGUUCAACCUGUUGGUGGCUCAUCGUCGCAGUCAAAGUCAAAACGAAAUAAGAAGAACAAAUCGAAUUCCUCUAUCGCCGCGCGUUGCCACGCCACUGAUGACGUCCAGCCACAAGAGGGCGGACUGAGAAUGGUCUUCGCUCUGUCUCGUCCGUCAACUGGGGUGACGAUAGCAGCGCUUGCCCUGCUCCCCGUCGCUGCGACGACAACCUACCUCCUCAUCCUCAAUGCGCGCGUCUCCAAAUCCACCUCCUCUACAGCGGGACGCCGUGCGCGCGCGCCAUCAGGCUCGUUUAUCGCCGCCAUCCCUUCGUCCAUCCCGAAACCCGUCUCCUUGCCAGAGGAUGUGGCAGCCGACGACUCGGACUGGGUUCUUGCCUACGAAAGAAUCACAUCGGAUCCUGUUAAACUAAGCUCGCUCAAGUACACCGCAUCCGCUCUAUCACAGGAUCCCACAUCCACGGAAUCAUCUGACCUCCUGACGGCGUAUUCACGUGCUGUGCAAAUCGCUUUCAGCCACACCCCGCAGGCAUCGCUCAUCCGCAAAGCGAUGAAAGAACCCCAAGUUAAGCGCACCUUUGACGCCGACUGGAUCAAUAACCUUGCUUUUAAUGUCGGAGAUGUCGCCAACGGUAUCUGGAGGGUCACGCAUCGCGGCGGUUCGCCAAAGGGACUGGGCCGUGCGUCCGAAAGGAUUGAGUGUAUCGGCGACCCGCCGGCCAGUUACAAGGGUGAGCGUAUUGGCGCUUUGAUUAUUGCCGCCGUUGAGGAGGUACAAGGUGGAUCUGGCGAUGAAGUCGUGUUUGUGAACGAGACUUGGAUGUGGAGGAAGAAGGAUGCCAAGUCAGUCAUGAUUGAAACAACUAUUGGAGGAUGGCUGCAUGUUUUGCUUGCCAAAUGGUUGGUCACCAAGGGUAUUGAGGCAACUGUCUCUGGAAAAGGAAAGGAGGAGUAG